AAUUUUUCAAUCGUUCAAAAUGAUCAAUUAUCAGCUCUUUGAAAAGAAGAUGUCAUCUACAUACUUUCGUCAUUCGGCCAGUUUGCGGAAGACAUCCCAUGCAUACAUUUGUACGUGAGCCCGCUUUGAUAGAAAGAAAACCCCGUUAUUUUUGUUUAUGUUAAGCACUGUCACUUGCUGUUUGGCAGGUUGAAAGUUCCCACUAUGCGUGUUCAAGAGCCGGCUUUGAUAAUGGCCGUUGACUUGUUACCCAACCUAUUAUUGAAAAUGAGGGUGUAGAGUGCGUACGUAAUACAGAGCAAAGGAAUAUUGGCGUCAGCCCAUUGACUACCAGGAGGGCGCCCUCCUUGACGCAGAAACGCAAGCAAGGCGUCCAUGAUUCUCAAAUCCUUUAAAAGGAGAGUGUUGCUCCACAUUUGUCAUCAGUUGAAUAACAUCAACCAAUCAAUCACCUCAAUCACCAUGAGGUAAAGCAUCCCAGAAUGAGCACCACAAAACACGUUGAGUAAAUCAAUCGACCAAAAACCUCAUGUGUUUUUUCUCUCUCCUUGUUUCUAGUCCUUUGUUGCCGUCAUCCUCUUUGCCGCCGCUGUCUUGGCCGACAACGCCCCCUACAGGCCCGCCCUUACAAGCCCGCUCCUACAAGGAGCCGUCUUAUGACGAGCCCGCCAAGUAUGAGUACCAAUACGCCGUGGCUGACCAAUAUGCCGGAGUUGACUUCAACCAGAAUGAAGCCCGUGAUGGUUAUGCCACCAAUGGCGAGUACCGCGUUGUUCUUCCCGACGGCCGGACCCAAAUUGUGACCUACACUGUUCAAGAUGCUUACUCCGGUUAUGUGGCUGAUGUCAAAUACGAGGGAGAGGCCCAAUACCCCGAGGAGAAGCCCUCUUACAAGCCCGCCUACAAGCCGCCCCCAAGUACGCUCCCGCCCCUUCUUACCAAAUGAAAGUUACUCCCGGAACCCAACGACCUAGCUAUUCAUGCUGUGAUUGAUAUUUAUUCUAUUUGAUUCGUCUUGAAUUAAAAAUCAAGAACACA